AUGUUGAAUGAUGAUUCUCACAGAGUAUUUAAUGAAGGAGAAGCAAUGCAGUUUUAUAAAGUAUUUUCACAAUCUUUAUUAGAAAGCAAUGAAAACAUUGCUGGUUCUCUUUUUAAUGAAUUAUUAACAAUAAUCAAUUCCAAGAAUUUUAAAAUCACGCCACCAUUUGAUGAAUUUCGUAUAUUAGAUGUGAUAAUAGAAAGUAGUUUUCCUUCAGCACCAGCUCAAAUUCGAAAUUUGGCGUUCCAAUGUCUUGAAACAAUCAUAAAUGCACAUGAUUUUAGCGGGAAAAGUAUUAAAACAAUUAUAGGAGCACUUGGAAAUCAAUUUCCUGACUUUGACAACGAAUUUGAAAUUAAAAUUUUCCGAUUUUAUCAGUUAGCAUCAAGUAAGUCUCAAGAUUAUCAGCAAUGCAUACUAUACACUCUUAAAUAUGCUGAUAUUGCCUCAUCACUUUUACAUCAGUAUUCAAAUCCAGAAAUAUUACAUGAAGCUUUCUUAUUUGUUUCAUCAAUAUUUAACUAUCCAACAUCAGAACUUUUUUCAAAUAAAAUUGCCGAAAUUAUACCAAAUUUAGAACCAUCUCCAGAUCGAUCAUUUCUUAUAACUAGAAUCUCUGUUGUUAUGCCCGUUUCACUAUCAAAAAUUGGAUUUGACGUAGUUAUUACAAGUAUUCUCGAUCAAAUUAAUACAAACGAAAAUCAACUCAUAAUUGAUGGUUUAAUUACUCUCAGAGGAGUUAUCAAAUGCUCUAAAGAAGGUUUUGACUUUGAUUUUUCAAUUAUUUUUAAUUUUUUGUCAAAUGAAGAUAUCCAAAUUAGAACAGCAGCAGUUUCCAUUCUAACCGAGAUUAUAUUUAGUUUUGGAGAUAAAGGUAUACAUCUUUUAAUCGAAAACAAUAUUUAUAAGUUAAUUUCUGAAAAUCUUUCCAACAUUGUAUCAAUUAAAGAAAAAACAGAGUGUAUCAGAUUUGUAUCAGCAUUUCUUUAUUCAAUUCCUAACAGCGAAGUUGAUUUUGUAAAUCCUGAGAUUAUUUGCGAAUUAGCAGAAUCUAUGGCCAUUGAUGAUUUCAAUCUUCAAAUUUUGAUAAUGAAAACACUUGAGAAGAUGGCUAACACUCAAAAUGAAGAAAUAAUAAAUGAUAUUAACCAAAGUCUUGAAGAUUCAGGAGGAAUGAGUCUAAUUAUCGAUUAUAUGAGUUGCGAAAAUGAACAACUAGCUCAAUCCUCAUCUACUCUCUAUGCUGCUUUACAAACUCCAGAUUUAUCUGAUAUUGAUUCAGAUGACUUUUAG